AACGUGUAAUGGAUCUAAAUUGGGGGCGGUAAUGCAACAUAUUGGAUGCCAACCGCAUUUAAACAUCAACGAAGACGAAUAUUUUCGUCAACAAGAAGUACAACAUUAAACAUCCUUUCAGAGACGUCAGAUAAUUAGCUUGUUUUCUGUAAUAUCAUAUAGCUUUGGAAUCGCGGUAUUAUGUACUUUAGAAGAAAAUAGGCAGGUUUCUCGAUUUACACCCUGCCUUUGAGAAGGCAUUUCGUGAGGAUUAGUUUAGCAACCGCGUCACGCAGCAUGACAACGUGAACGCGGAUUGGUCGACAGUCUGCUGGAUGGGGUGCUAUACAUUCCUCCAUUCAUUGACCAAUGGGAUUCCUAUAUCCUCCUUUCUUUAAUAUCUCUUAACCAAUUGAUAUAUAUAUAUAUAUAAAUAAAUAAAACUAACCCAUUGUUCUAGCUGUGUCUCAACAUUCUCCAAAGAUUUGUAUAACUAACCCACUGUUCUAUAUGUGCCUUCUCUCCGCAAUCUUCUCUUGACUCGCUUCCUGGGGGCGGGACAUUGUCUGUGAUUUGCGAUUGACAGACCGUUAAACUUGAAGUGGGUGGAGGGGGACGGACCAUAAUUUUUCCACUAGUGGGCAACGUCGCUUCCUUCACAGCUGAGGUCAAGCUGUCGUAAGUGGCCGACUCGCAAGCCCUGACAAAACGGUCUAAAACAUGAAGAUCUGGACCUCCGAACACAUAUUCAACCACCCGUGGGAGACUGUGACCAAGGCAGCAAUGCAGAAGUAUCCCAACCCAAUGAACCCUGGCGUGGUAGGGGUUGAUGUGUUGAACAGACAUGUGGACACACAGGGCCGGCUAUACAGCAACAGACUGCUCAGCACAGAAUGGGGACUGCCCUCCUUGGCCAAGACUCUCAUUGGUAUAACACGAACCAACACAUACAUCCAGGAACAUUCGGUGGUGGACCCCAAGGAAAAGACUUUUGAGCUGCAAUCUACAAAUAUUUCAUGUACUAACAUAGUAUCUGUGGACGAGAAGUUAACAUACAGGCCGCAUCCGCAGGACCCUGAAAAGACCAUACUGACACAAGAGGCACUUAUCUCUGUGAAAGGAAUUAGUCUGAGCAGUUACCUGGAAGGGCUCAUGGCCAAAACCAUCUCGGCAAACGCAGGCAAAGGACGAGAGGCGAUGGAGUGGGUCAUCAGGCGGUUAAACACAGAGAUCGAGGAGCUGGCAGCGACGGCACAAGCCACAAUCCGCAUCCCCAUGGCAGCUGCAGUCGCAGAGAAAUGAUCAGCCGCCAUCUCAAUGGAACUCAGACAUUUUCCCUGAAAAGGGAGACCUCCCAUAAAUCUGCCAGCACAGCCACCUCCUGUAUUGGCCCACUAAUUUUCUGUCACAAGAACGCAUCCUUCCCUCAGCGGGCUGCCCAUACAAGCAGGGUUACACACUGUUGGGUACACAGUGAAGCUGAUGAUGGCAUGCUGCGUUCGUAACUAAAUGGGAGGUGGGAAUUUACCAGUUGUGAGGUCUUAAAUACUAGUUGGAUGCAUUCACAUGCUUUGAAUUUGAGAAAAGCCUAUUGGCUAAUGGCAAACAAGCUGCGUAAACCUUAAACUAAAAGUAAAGCUAUCAUGUUUGCAUACAAAUUAUAGUAUUCAAAAGCCAUAUUAAUAGAUUCAUUUAUAUAAAUGUUGCAUUUAAUUGUCAAUGUGGAUUGUUUCCCACUAGUAAUUACCAGCCUUUCAGGUGGCUUUUUCCAAGUAGUAUGUGGCAUAUUCUGACUUCCCACUUGGUUAUGAAUGCAGCAGUAAACAGGGUUGAACCGGGUUGCAUUCGAGGCUCAUGGGAUUUCUGGUCUUCUAACAUUUUGAAUCACACCGUGCCUACAGGUCAUCAGGUUUAUUUAUUCUCCUCCUGUCCUCUUAUUGUUAUUCUGCACUGAUCUGGUUUCCUCUCUGGCACUUGACGUUUCAAUUGAACAUCAUUCUAUGUUGCCUAUGCCAGCCAUGCACUUACAACCAUGAAUAGGCUAGUAGUCAUUUUCAGGGAACAAUUAACUUACUGAGAAGAGAAACUAAUUAUGUUUGUGGGUCUGUUUGGUGGGGUGUUGUAAAGUUACUGUUAUAUAUUCAGUAAUGAAAACGUGAAUUUUAAUUACUUUAACUCAUUGUUAUUGCACGUAUUAUUACCAAGUAACAAGAGUACCACCAUUGUAUUCACUAUGUUCAGAAGUGUGGAUAUAUUUGCUAAAUUCUCCCAAAUGGUUCUCAACAGUUACAACAGUAUGUGAUUUCCACAACCUUAUGAAUAUUGGCCCUGUAGUGUUGGGUGUAGUCAGUGAAUGUUAACGGUGGCCACUACGACGGGGUAUGUUCGGGAUCAUUGGACAGGAGUGACUGUUGGUUUUUAACUCUGCAGUCUUGAACAACCCAUUUUGUAAAAUGUCAUCAUAGUAUGAGUAAAACAAACAAAUCACAUAUGUGAUCCUGAACCUACCAGGAUUGUUUCUUCCCCCUCAUUUGGUGUCAUAUGACAGUAUUUGUGUUUUUAUAAGCUCUUAGUGGUGUAACCUACUGCAGUGGUUCAUCUCACCAGUCUCCUCCCGCCAGCAGUGACAUUUGCUGAGUUCGGUAGUAAUUACCCAUUGUAAAGUCAUGUGUUGGAUGCAUUCACAUGCUUUGAGAAACGCAGAUUGGCUAAUGGCCAACAAGCUGUGUCAACCACAAACUAACGUCUGUCAUAUAAACAAAUUGGUGUUAAAAAACAAACAUUUUGUGGCAUUUUAAGGAAGAAAAUGCUGUUAUCGAGGUAAUUUCCUUAGUAGGCAAUGUCAGAGGUCAGCAUGUGGGAGAAGGUGCUCGAGGAUGACAGUUCCCCACUAGUAAUUACCAGUUGUGGCAGUUUCAAGUGGAUUUUCCCCAGUCGUAUCUGGUAAAUACCACCUUCUCACUUGGUUAUGAAUGCAGCGUUAUUACGUCAUAAUCAGUUCUACAUAUGCCUAUUUAGAUACACUCCCCUUUAACAUCCCAAACUCCCUUUUAAAAACUAUUGUUACUGUUGUCCCACUUGUGUCAGGGUUGCAUUGAUGUUGGGUGAAGUCUGAGUGGCACUCCAGAUAUCAGUCACUUGUUUCAGGAAUGAAGUGUCAUGCGCGGAACGUUUGAAAACAAUGGCUAUAUAUGAGUACACAUUCCGAGAAUGUCAAACAGAAGUACUUAACACUGAAAUGAUCUCAAUAAAAUGUUAUUGUUUCAUGAA